UAAAACAAACCAUGUGUGGUAUACAUUCAUCAAAGCUGCUUCUUCUUCUUGUUCUUUUGUGGAUGGUUUGUGCAGCAGAAGCACAAUUAGGCCUAAACUGCCCAUCAAGUUGCGGCAACGUCAGCAUUCCGUUCCCGUUUGGGACCACCAGGGAGUGCUCCCUCACCCCCGAAUUCCUCAUCAACUGCACCAACCAUGGCCCUUACUUGCCCUCCUACUUAUUGGAAUACAACGACUAUGACUUACAAGUGCUGAACAUAUCUGUGGACGACGCCGAACUCCUUGUUUCGUUGCCGGUAGCCAGUGAUUGCUACUACAACGACACCACAAGCAUGGAACAGGACAAAUUCUUGAAUGAUGAAAUCGAGUGGCAGUUUAAUUUUGGAAAUUAUAGCAUCUCAUGGAGCCGAAACGAGUUCACAACCGUUGGUUGUGACACACUGGGAUUAGUGUUGACACAGGAUUUUUCUGGCGAUCUUAAACCCCAUGUUAAGACAUGCCUUUCUUACUGCGAAGAUCGCGCUGAUGCAAUGACUGAGUCCUGUAAUGGCAGUGGUUGUUGCCGUAGUGACAUACCCAAGGCCGAUGUCAAAGAAGAAGUGUUAACGGGAAUCUCUUAUGGUUUUGAAAACUCGCUACUCAACAACAGUCAUACGAUUGAGUACAGCCCUUGCGGUUAUGCGUUUGUGGCGGAGAAAGGACGCUAUGACUUUAUGUCCGCAGAUCUGAGUAACACGAAGUUGAGCAAUACUCAGUUCCCGGUGGUGCUGGAUUGGAGUGUUGGGAACCAGACCUGUGAAGAAGCCAAGAAGAAUUAUUCCAGCUAUGCAUGUAAAGGGGCAAACACCACGUGUCAGCCUUCAGAGAAGCGUCCUGGUUACCUAUGCAAAUGCCUUCCUGGUUUUCGGGGUAACCCUUAUCACGAGGAUGGUUGCCCACAAGAUAUUAACGAGUGCGAUGGACUCAAUGAUUGCGUCGAACACGCAACAUGCCUCAACGACCCACCAGGAAGCUACACGUGUAAGUGUCCAAAGGGUCUCAAAGGAGAUGGGAGAAACAGUGGAACAAAAUGCCAAAAGCCCAAACCCGACACACAGAUCAUACUCAUAAUUGCGUUGAGUAUUAGUGUGUGUGUGAUAGCCUUACUCGUGGCGUGCUCUUCCAUUUACUGCGCUUUGAAAAAGAGAAAGCUGAUUAAAAUGAAAGAACACUUGUUUCAACAAAAUGGUGGGCUAUUGUUACAACAACAAAUUGCAACACAUCAUCGAGGAUCAACUCAAACAGCUAAAGUCUUCAGUGUGGAAGAGUUAAAGAAAGCCACCAACAACUUCGAUGAAUGCAAUGUCCUCGGCCAAGGUGGUCAAGGAACCGUUUACAAAGGACUCUUAUUGGACAACAGAGUUGUAGCAAUCAAAAUGUCAAAAAUCAGUGACAUUAGUCAAGUUGAGCAUUUCAUCAAUGAAGUGGUUGUACUCUCCCAAAUCAACCAUAGAAAUGUGGUUAAGCUCUUGGGUUGUUGCUUAGAAACAAAGGUUCCCCUGCUUGUUUACGAGUUCGUGCCCAAUGGUACUAUCCAUGAUCAUCUUCAUGGUUAUACACAAAUAUCAUCAAAGCUUACAUGGAAAGUAAGAUUGAGAAUAGCGGCAGAAACUGCUGGAGCCUUGGCUUACUUGCAUUUUGCAACUUCCAUUCCCAUCAUACACAGAGAUGUCAAAACCAGUAACAUACUCCUUGAUCGUGAUCUAACCGUAAAGGUUUCCGAUUUCGGAGCUUCAAGGAUUGUUCCUCUUGAUAAAACACAGAUAACCACAUUGGUGCAAGGAACAUUAGGGUAUCUUGACCCUGAAUACUUUCACACAAGCAAGUUGACUGAGAAAAGCGAUGUGUAUAGUUUCGGAGUCGUGCUGGCAGAGCUACUUACGGCGAGGAAAGCACUCUCUUUUGAUGUGCCUGAAGAUGAGAAGAACCUUGCAAAACACUUUGUGUUUUCAAUGGAAGAGGGACGUUUACUUGAAAUUGUGGAGAAGCACAUCGUAGAAGAGGCAAAAGGGGAGGCACUUGUAGAAUUUGGCAAUAUUGCAUUGAGAUGCUUGAAGUUGAAGGGAGAGGAAAGACCUUCAAUGAAACAAGUGGCAAUGGAACUUGAGAGACUUAGAGUUGAGGAAUGCGGCAACAACAAAGUGAUUAUUGCAUCCUCAUCUGCCUUUCAUGUUGAAGAUGGGAGUGGUGUAAUAAGUGAUAUUAGUACUGGGGUUGAUGCUUUAAACCUAGAUUCCAUGUCAUUAUUGGGUAAUGGAAGAUGACAAUGCAUGUUAAUAUUUGUAUAACCAAUAAGUUUAUAUCCAUGCAUCUUUAAUUUA